GAUCAUUAACAAUCAUUAAAUUUUACUCUAAUAAUUUGGGGGACUGAUUUUCUGAAAUAUACAUUGAGAACCGAGGAAAAGGUUUGACUACAUGUGUGUAUGUAAAGGGCAAAAAAAGAAAUAUUUUCAAUGAGAUUUACGAUUAGUAAUUUCAUCCCCUAUAAUCGGAAAUCUCACUUUCUACUUCAUUUUGUUUUUUUAUUACAAGUCGUCAAUAAGACAAAUUCAAUGAUAACGAAUUAUAAAUAAAGCAGCGCAUUACGAGUUAUCGUAUUGCAAAUUACAUGGCACAAGAAGAUUAGACGAUCUCGGAGAGAAAACGAAAUGUUUCGUUGACAAUUUGGCCAAUUUCACCACCAUCUUCCAGCUGAAGAAUUUCGCGAGUCAGGCUCAGUGGGCAAUCAUCGGACUUGAGUCACAGUUAAAUUAAUGAUGCGAUAAUAUCGAUUACAAUACAGUCUCCGGUAACUACCGCGCGACGCACCAAGAAUCCCCAAGAAGACGCCGCGGAAUCGUCCAUCCGCUCGCACCCGCACCACAUCUUCACGCCUAUUUGCCUCUUCUUCCGACUUCCACGGUCACGUGGCGAGCAUCGGUACGUCUCUGUCUAACGUCGGUGCCUCAAACGACUUCUGAUUGGUCGAGGGGGAAAUUUGCCGUCUAGGGUGGCAUCACCAUCCCCGUCGCAUCCGACGGAAGUGCCUCGCUCUGUCUCAUUCUCGCCGAAGGAUCCGGUGGGUGUAGCUCUCGGACACGCCCGAUCCGCGAUGGGCGUAGUCAGAGCCAGCUGCAACGAUUCCGUCUAGUGGGGAAGCUUUUUCGGUGGACACGCGGUCAUCCGCAACGUCACUUUGCGACGCGACACCGAGCCGCCUGCUCGUGUCGUCGGCCUCGUGUAGAGAUCGUGAUAUAAUCGAGGAAUCGAUCGAGAGGCGGUUAUCGAUCACCGAGUGCGGAUGACCGAUCUAUGAAUCGGUUACCGAUUACUCCCAUGACAUUCACGUGACAAUUUACAAAACUGUGCGGAGCGUUGUUGAAAUACAUACAGAUACAUUUACAGUAAAUAUCAUCAAUAAUUGAUCGGUUUAAUAAAUGAUUGGAUGAAGACUUUAUCGUAACUAAAGCUAGUUUGCAUCAGUGUUUGUUUUAAGAAUCAUUCUAGUAUGUCUUCAUGGUUGAAUCGCCAUUGAUCUUUUAAACAGUUUGAUCUAUGACUCAUUCGAAUCAGUGUCGGUAGAAAAAAAUCAUUAUAUCGAUUACAAGUGGACACUAAAGCAUCUAGUUUUGAUUAGUGUUGAUAUUAAAAAGACAUAAUCUCAUCAGGAAGUAUGUGCUAGAGAUUUACAGUGAUCGCAGGAUAUGGCAGCUAUGCAUUACAACGCGCAGAUGGUCUCAGAAGAUUUGCAUCAGCAUCCACGACAUCUCUACAAUCUACAACAGAGAUUCCAAGAUUCCGAAUCUUCGCCUAGAUCGGAGGACGCCAGAUCGCCGUUGAACAGUCGAGUGAGAUCAUCACUCGAUGAAGUGCGUUUUGUGGGUGCUAGAUCACCGGACGUGACGGAAGAUAGAGUAAUCAGGUAUCCCGACGACGCUGAGAACAAACGUUUCUCCAAAGACCACGUGAGUCCUGGUUUCUUUCAAGACUCGGAGAACCCUUCUAGAAAAUGUUUCAGCGACGAAAUAGCGACAAAUCGUUGCCGCGAGUCGGAAACCUCCCCUGGAAGAACGUCUUCGCCACAAAACUACAUUCUCAGCUCGCCCAAUCAGCAUAGCAGCUCCAUUGGCAAAACGUCCUUCUGCAUCGACGCACUUCUCGGUCGCGCCACGAAACAGAAUGAAAUAGAGCAAUCAUCGAGCGAACGACAGAAAGCGUUCUCCAGAAGCCACGGGGUCCAAUCCGAUAGUCUGAAUCUUAGCGGUAUUCAAGAACGAGAAUCCCCCGGCGCCAUAAGAUGCCCCGGAGACCAAAGAACCUUGGGAAAUCCCUUGAAUCCUUUCAUUCAGCAUCAUGAGUCCGAAUCGCCCAGUCUGGAGGCUCGAGAGAGACAUUCCGCCAGUCGCGAGACAGUUCUCGGUCUCCAUACUGGAGAAUCCGGCGUGUCUAUCCAAAGAGGUCAGUUCAGGCCCGAAACGGGGACUAGCAACUACCGGAAUGACCGGCUGGAGAACGUCGAGGACGACACGUCCGUCGACGUGGAUCCGACGCGGACCGGAAGCGCCAGUCCCGGAAGCAACGCGAGUCGCAGUGCCGCUUCCAGCCCUCCUAUAUCUCCCGGCUCGGAAGAUCCGUCCAGUAACGGCGUCCUGGGCCAUCAGAGUCUCGCGUCUGGGCCUUACGGCGUGAGCGCGGCGAUGGUCAGGCAGAAUCAGGGCCUCCUACUGCAUCCCGCGGGACCACUUAUCCAUCCAGGAGGAUUGUACUAUCAUUCGGCUGGUGGCAGUGCUUUCCACUCGAUACACAAGGAGGGUCAGCCAGUCGUCCAUCCCCAAUCCGGAGGGCCUCAUCCUCAGCAGCAUCACAUUCAUCCACUCCAGCUCGAGUGGUUCGCCCGGACCGGCAUGCUGUAUCCUAGAUUGCCCGCGGAUUUAGCCGGUUGCGCGGCACAACAUGCAUUACUGGGCAAGACCAGAAGGCCGAGAACGGCCUUCACGUCCCAGCAGCUUCUCGAAUUGGAAAAGCAAUUCCGACAGAAUAAAUACCUCAGCAGACCGAAGAGGUUCGAGGUCGCGACGUCGCUGAUGCUCACGGAAACGCAGGUGAAAAUCUGGUUUCAAAAUCGCCGAAUGAAAUGGAAGCGCAGCAAAAAGGCGCAACAGGAGGCUCGCACGAGCGGUAAAGUCGAAGAGACCGGAAGCGCGAGAAGCGCUGAGCGAGACACCGGAAGUGACAUUAGCGUGAACGCACCUGAGACACCGGAGGAAUCCAGAGGAACGCUUCAGGAAAGUCAGAGAAGCGGAACGGAUCUUCAAGAACCUUUGUAUCGGCCUUACGUGGUUUAAACACCCAACAGAGGCACGUUUAAUUUUUGGAGAAAAUCAACAUUUUUCAAAACAAACUGCAAGAAUUUUUACCGCUACAACUCUCAGUUUUAUGUGUAAUAAUAUUUUAUAAUAUAGGUAAAAUAUUUAUUUCUGUCAAUUAUCGGGUUUAAUUUAAUAAAAAAAAAAAAAAAAAUAAAUAAA